GCGGGAGGAGCCGUCGGAGCCGCCGCUGCCGUUCCGCGCCGGCCGCGGCCAGAGCGAGUCAGGACCGCGGACAGCGCCCCCCGCCCGCGCCGCCCCGCGCCCACCAUGACGGCGGAGACCCACCUGCAGGGCGUGGAGAUCUCGGCCGCCCAGUUCUUCGAGAUCUGGCACCACUACGACUCCGACGGCAAUGGGUUCAUGGACGGGAAGGAGCUACAAAACUUCAUCCAGGAGCUGCAGCAGGCACGGAAGAAGGCAGGCUUGGAUUUAACACCUGAAAUGAAAGCUUUUGUGGACCAAUAUGGAAAAUCUACUGAUGGAAAAAUAGGUAUAGUUGAGCUUGCUCAGGUAUUGCCAACGGAAGAGAAUUUCCUGUUGUUCUUCAGAUGCCAGCAGCUAAAGUCAAGUGAAGAUUUCAUGCAGACAUGGAGGAAAUAUGACAGCGACCACAGUGGCUUCAUUGAUUCUGAGGAACUUAAGAGCUUCUUGAAAGAUUUAUUACAGAAAGCAAAUAAGCAGAUUGAAGACUCAAAGCUAACAGAAUACACAGAAAUAAUGCUCAGGAUGUUUGAUGCAAACAAUGAUGGAAAGUUGGAGCUUACUGAACUGGCCAGACUGCUCCCUGUACAGGAAAAUUUUCUUAUUAAAUUUCAGGGUGUCAAAAUGUGUGCAAAAGAAUUCAAUAAUGCCUUUGAGAUGUAUGACCAAGAUGGCAAUGGCUAUAUAGAUGAAAAUGAACUUGAUGCCCUACUGAAGGAUCUCUGUGAAAAGAACAAAAAGGAAUUAGACAUUACCAACCUUGCAACAUACAAGAAAAGCAUCAUGGCCUUGUCUGAUGGAGGAAAGCUUUACCGAGCAGAACUGGCUCUUAUUCUCUGUGCUGAGGAAAACUAGAGCUCUUCUAUCAUGUCCACUUAACUAGUGAUGUACUCUACAAAAUUACUGUGCACUAUAAGGGAGUAGGCUGUAUUUUUAAAUUGCAUAUAGAAAAUUAGCCAGGAUGUGUGGCACAUUCCUUUCAGUUUGUUUCUAUACUGUUUGUAAUGUACAGUUUUUGUAACAAUAAGAUUGAUGAAGAGAAUGUCAGUGUUGGGCCUGUCUGUAUAUUCAAAAAGAAACUAAAUAUGUGAGGGUUGGUUUGGUUGGGUUUUUGCUUUCAUAAACAUGGCUGGAGAAAAAUUAAACCUGCUGACAUUGCUGUGGUCAUCAUAUCCUUUGACACUUGCAACAUUUCUUGUUAAACUACAUAACAAAAAGAUUUACACAUAUACACACAUCUUGCCCAAAAAAAAUAAAUGUGAGGUUUUUAAAUAUAAAACAUGAAUUCAAAUUAAAUAUGAUCUAGGUCUGAAAUAGGAGACAUUGGCAUGUCUGAUUUCAAAAAUUUAAUAAGGCAUUAAGAAAUAUUUUCAGUUGUCAAACCACCCACUUACAGGUCUGUACUCUCUGCAGUCUUACAAUUACUCUUCUCAUUACGAAUUCAUAGCAUAUAGACAAAGCAUUUAUCUGGAAUAGAUCUCCAUACAGUAGUUGAUAAAAAUAUAGUGUUCUCAAUCUAGCUGUUUUAUUGAAUUUAAACAUAGGCACUUCAGAAAUAAAUGCCUUUAAUCUGUCUUGAAAUCCUGGCUAAAUGACAGGUAGUAUAGUUAAUACACAGAUUAACAUGAUAUUAUAAGUGUACCUUUCAUGACUAUUGCUGUGUCAGAGAAUAUGACAAUCCAUUUUCUAAACUAUUUUCACAUUUUGCAGGUUAUAAUUAUUCUAGUAAAUUGCUGUUUUUACAUCAUAUUCUGUGUAAUCUAUAAUUAAAUUUAAUAUCCUAAGA